AUGGAGUUUAAUCAGUGCAACCUUGUGAAGUUUUUUCGUUUUCUCUUUUGUCGUGAUAUAUUUUCGUCCAAGAAUGAUUUUCCUUUCCUAUUUGACUCCGAAGGGACAAUUAAAGAUAUUAACGGAAUAUUUGAUGAGAAUAACAAGGUCGCUCAACCUCUGGUAGAACUCAGAAAAAAUAUUGAGAAAUUUUUAAACCUUAAUGUAUUGGGAGGAGGUCAAUACAAAACAGCUUUCGAAACUACGGAACGUAAUUAUCCGUCAGAAAUCCCCCCUGAAUGCCACGAGUCAGAUAAAACGUAUCGAGAAAGAUAUAUCAUAGCGCAAACCUAUAUCACUGGUUGGAAGACCUGUAUAGAUGAGAUGCAGGAUUGUCAGAAAAUGUGCGAUAAGCUUGAUCGUUACUACAACGACACGGUUAACGGGAUAUAUAGCAAGAUGAAUGAAGUUCUUUGUCAGCUUACAGAACUAAACUCAUUAGUAAGAGAGAAGACUAACGAGUAUAACAAGAUAUACAAGGAUACGACACGUCAACUUAACAGGCUAAAAAUGGGUAGGGCCCCAGCUUAUAAGAAUCAACCACAGGAGUGUUCAAAAUGUAAAGGACCAUAUGCAUAUCUGAAAUGGUGCAAAUCCUGCGAAAGCGAGCAGCUUAUGAAACAGUUCGCGAGAUGGAUAAAUGGAAUUGACAACUCAAUGGUUGAAUUUGUUCAGGAUUCAUUGUUAAACAUCAAGUACCCUAAUGGUCAUAUAGAAUGGAUCCCAUUCGAACAAUUUAGUAAUGUGGAGUUUAUUAAUAAAGGUGGGUUUGGGAUCGUCUAUAAAGCAAAUUGGGUUGAAGGGUUAGGAUCUUGGGAUUACGUUCUUGGUGAGAGAGUUCGGUAUAAAAAUACUCCUGUGGCGUUAAAGAUACUUAUUGAAUCAAAUAAAGAAUUAUCUCCCAGUUUCUUUAACGAGAUCAAAGCUUACAUGAAGUCCUCUUCUAGUACGGUGCUUCGUUGCUAUGGUGUCUCCAGAGAGCCCACAACUGGCGAUUAUAUUAUGGUUCUACCUUUCGCCCAUGGCAGUGAUUUAAACAAUUAUCUGAAAGAAAAUGCUACUAAUUUAAAUUGGAUAGACAGAUUGGAUAUUCUACGUCAUAUACUAUUUGGAUUACUGGAUAUUCAUCGGGAAAAUCUAUUUAAUAACGACCCAACAUCACCGAUUGUAAAACAAUUUGUUGAAAGCAAAUUGGAUCUAUUGGAUGUGGCAUACAACCUUACCGAAUCCAAACAUUCAAGUCGUGACCUUAGCAAAAGUAGAGAAACCCUUCGAUCUCACGGAAGCUACACUUACACGUAUUCAGAGGAUGAUGAACCUAAAACGAAAGCCGAAAAUGGUUAG